AUUCCUAGUGCGACGGAGCUUGACAGGGGGGGGGUGAAGUUCGAGGGGAAGAAACCGGAAGACUGUUUCUUGAACAUAAAAUUCCAGAAAAGGAAUAUGAAGCUCACGCCACUGCUAUGCCUCCGGAAGUUGUAUUUAAUGUUUCGGAGUGGGCGGAUGGAGAUACCACCACUGCAAAUCUAUGACUAUACUGGUCCUCUCUUCCAAAACCUCAUAGCUUUCGAACAGUGCUAUUCCGACACUGAGAUGUACAUUACGAUAUACGCACUCUUUAUGGAUUGCAUCAUCGACCAGGCUGAGGACGUGCGGUUGCUCCACUUGGAAGGCAUACUAGAACAUAAGCUAAGCAAUGAUCAGGAAGUGGCGGACCUCUUCAAUAAGUUGGGCAAUCAGAUACACUAUGAUCCGGAAAAGAACUACCUUGCAAAUCAGAUUGAGGAAGUAAACAGGUUUUAUGACUUCAAAUGGCACAAAUGGCUUGCUGCUUUGAGGCGAGACUAUCUUGGCAACCCAUGGGCUACAAUUUCAGUGUUGGCAGCGGUCUUUCUUCUUUUGCUGACCAUCGAGCAGGCAGUAUUUUCUGCAUUGUCCUAUGUUCACUCUUCAUAGGUGUCAUUAACCUGCUUGCCUGUGCAAACAUGGAUUAGGCGACAGAUAUAAUGGAAGGGUGAGUGGAUAAGAAAGGAUUCCCUCCAAACAUGGAUUCUGGAGAAUUUUUCGUUUAUCUGGGGAGAAUAGAAACUAGACGGUUAACCAUAUUUAUUUAAUUGGCGCUCCCUGGUAAGUCUAAAACCGAAAACGGACCGGAAAUAAAUCUCAUGCUCUGUCGUCUAUGGCUCCACGCACGGAUCUAAUAGGCACUUGGAAUCUAAUGGCAGCAUGAUUAGAUUAUCUUAAUUUUGCAAAAAUAGCACUAAUAAAAGAGCCAGGAUCCUUUGCAUGGCAAAGGUGCGGCUGUUGCACCGUAGAGUGCUACCUCUGUUAUUUUUCUCGGCUCAUGGCUUUGAUGUCUUUAACCAAGUUCUCGAAGUCCCUGUAAGAUGACCCGCCUUCCCCUACGCUCCUCCUUGCGAGUUCAGCCAUCUCACCAGCCGAUCUCCUCAACUCCUCUGCUCUUUUCCCUUCCAUCACCUCCCUCACCAUCCUCUCCACCACGCUCCUGCCGCGCUUGUCCUUCAUGUCCACUCCGAACCUCCAAACGUCACCGACAAACCUACUGUUCACUGGCUGGUCCGCGAAGAAAGGC